UGUCAUCGUGCGUGAUUCGAACGGGAAAAAAACCGGUCGGCAAGAGUGAAAGGUAAAGUGAAAUACAUACAGGUUUGGGUGACCGGACCGGACAGUUUGAACAACUGACAGGAUCUGCAACCAACUCAUCGGAUUGGAACAAACAGAAAUCAACCUCAUGCCACAUGCAAAAACUAUCCGUAAUCCGAGCAACAAUGAAAGUGACACCCGAUUAUUGCUAAAUUAGAACAAAGCACUAACAAUGCAUCGAAAACCGCUGAGCGUUUCCAUCGUACUGGUGCUGUGCGAAUACUGUGUUCUAUCCUACGGUGUACGAGGACGACCGGCCCCCACUCCGGAAGAACAUACCGUGGCGAUGCUGCUAAACAAUCUCAGUGAAGCCGCUCGGGAGCGAUCCGAUGAAGCCUACUUUGAAGAGGACGAUUUGAGUGCCAUGAUGAGCAGCAGCCUUUCUUCCGGGGAUAGAAUCAACAAACGUUCCGGUGGUGGUGGCGGUAUGAAUCGAAUCGAAGUACAUGAAGAGGAUGGCGGUGGUAAUUAUACCACAUUCAAUGUGGGAGUCUUAAUGGCAUCGCAUUUGGAUUCACCCUUCGAUUUGGAACGCUGCGGGCCAGCAGUGGAUUUGGCCUUGGAGUUUAUAAAUGAUUUCCUCUCCAAAUCACACAACAUCAAACUAACUAAGGUUCAAGCGAGCUACGCCUCAUGUUCGGGAGCAAAAUCACCCGGUCUUGCGGCGGAUAUGCACUUCAAGCACAAUGUGAUAGCCUUCAUCGGGCCAGCCUGUGCCUUCGCCCUGGAGCCGGUAGCUCGACUGGCCGACUACUGGAAUACACCCAUCAUCACCGGAAUGGGAGAUCAGCCACCAUCGGAAGGGGAACUUUCGGUGACAUCAGGCAUAUUGGGUCGGCUGAGCAACAAAUGGAAAAACGAAAGUACGGGAAUCUUCAAGGACAAAUCCAAAUAUCAAACGCUGACUCGAAUGUCCUACUGCCAGUGCCGACUGAAGUUGGUGUUUUCCAGCAUAUUUCGUCAGUUUGGCUGGAGACACAUUGCCCUGCUGUUGGACCGAUCGGACUUGUUCUCACUGACGGUCGGUAAGAAUCUCGAGUACGGAUUGAAGGAGGAGGACCUGUUGACCUUCGUCCGGGAGCUGGACGGAAACGAUGAGGAGGAUUUGGAUAACUAUCUACGUGAUGCCAGUAUGUACGCCAGAGUGAUCAUCCUGUCCGUCCGCGGUAGUCUGGUGCGAAAAUUCAUGCUGUCGGCUCACCGGCUCGGAAUGACCAGAGGAGAAUUCACCUUCCUGGAUGUGGAAAUCUUUCAGAGCUCCUACUGGGGCGACCAUUACUGGGAACUGGGCGACGAGGAUGACCAGGCGGCACGAAAGGCCUACGAAGCCCUGCUGCGAGUAUCGUUGCUGCAGCCGACCAGUCCCUCCUAUCAGUACUUUGCCGAUAAGGUGCGGCAACGGGCCAAACGGGACUACAACUACACCUUCGUGGAGGACGAGGAGGUAAAUUUCUUCAUUGGCGCAUUUUUCGACGGAGUCUACCUGCUGGGAAUGGCACUGAACGAAACGCUCAACGAGGGCGGAAAUAUUCGCGAUGGGACGGCCAUUACCCGGAAGAUGUGGGACAGAAGUUUCGACGGAAUCACGGGACACGUGCGUAUCGACGACAACGGAGAUCGUGAUGCCGAUUAUUCUAUUCUCGACCUGGAUCCAAUUACCGGCCGAUUCGAAGUGGUAGCGCACUAUUACGGACGCACCAGUGAGUACAGCCCGGUGAAGGGCAAACGGAUUCACUGGCCCGGUGGAAGAGAGGGCCCCCCGCCGGAUGUUCCCAAAUGUGGCUUUCUUGGAACUUCUCCAUCCUGUCAGGGCAGCGAAAUGAUCCUUAUAUAUGGGGUUAUUGGCUUUGGAAUAAUUUCCACGUUUGCAGCUGCUGUCACGUACAUUCUUUGCAAGCAAAUGAAGCUCAACAAUGAACUGAAUAAUAUGUCCUGGAGGGUUCGACCGGACGAGGUGCUGCUGGAAGUUGGAAAAUUAUUCGGCAGUAAAACGGGGCUACAGAAGUUGAACUACGAGAAUUUUUCUCUGCAGCAAUUCGGCAGCUCGGGACGUGCCUCGAUAGCGAGUGGAAACUCUCAGCUGCCGGCACAGCUUUUCACCACCAUAGGAAUUUACAAGGGAGAGCGCGUGGCUAUCAAGAAGGUUGCCAAGAAAAAGGUUUACAUUACUUCCACGCUGCUAUGGGAGAUCAAACAAGCACGAGAUGUGAGUCACGAAAACACGGUUCGUUUCGUUGGAGCCUGUAUCGAUCUCCCACGACCUACGAUUUUAAUUUUGACCGAGUAUUGUCCCAAGGGAAGCCUCAAAGAUGUGUUGGAAAAUGAAGCAAUCCAACUAGACUGGAACUUCCGAAUGUCGUUGAUUCACGAUGUGGUGAAAGGAAUGGCUUACCUUCACAACAGCGACGUUGGAGUUCAUGGAAAAUUACGUUCCUGUAACUGUUUGAUCGAUGGGCGCUUUGUGUUGAAGAUAUCCGAUUUUGGGCUACGAACACUUACAACGCCUUCGGAGCUUGUACGGGAUCAGAAUUACUACAACAAGCUUCUGUGGGUUGCUCCAGAGCUGCUGCCGGCAACGGUGAUUCCAGGAACACCUGCCACCCAGAAGGGUGACGUCUACUCAUUUGCUAUCAUUCUGGAAGAGAUCGUGGUACGCGGUGGCCCUUAUGAGACUGCACGUCAAUUUAUGGAUCCCCAACAGAUAGCAGAGCGUGUUGCGGCCCACGAAGGACCACCGUUUCGACCAUUUGUAGGACCACGGGAUUGUCCUCCGGAUUUGCUUGAGCUGAUGGAGAAAUGCUGGUCGGAUAGUCCCGAUGAUCGACCAACCUUUGUUCAGAUACGGAGCACAGUGAAGCUGAUCAUGAAAGGCUUUUGCGAAAAUUUGAUGGAUGAUUUGCUGCGCCGUAUGGAACAAUAUGCAAACAACUUGGAAAGCUUGGUGGAAGAGAAAACCGAACAACUCAGCAUGGAGAAGCGUCGAACCGAAGAGCUGUUGUAUCAGGUCCUUCCCAGACCGGUAGCCCAGCAACUCUUGGCCGGUGAAAUAGUUCAACCAGAACAGUUCGAGUGCGUUACAAUCUAUUUCAGCGAUAUUGUAGGUUUCACGGCACUCUGUGCUCAGAGCCGUCCGAUGGAGGUCGUAGAUUUUCUGAACGAUCUGUACAGCACAUUUGAUAGAAUCAUAGGAUUUUAUGACGUGUACAAGGUGGAAACCAUUGGCGAUGCUUACAUGGUUGUUUCUGGACUCCCGGAACGGAAUGGACAUGAUCAUGCACGGGAAAUCGGUCUGAUGUCGCUGGCCAUUCUCGAUGCAGUAAAAUGUUUUACAAUAAAACAUAAACCCGAUCAGCAGUUGAAGAUUCGAAUUGGUAUCCAUUCGGGUCCGGUAUGCGCCGGCGUUGUCGGCCAAAAAAUGCCUCACUACUGUUUGUUCGGCGACACUGUCAAUACUGCUUCCAGAAUGGAGUCAACUGGACAUCCUUUGAAGAUUCAUGUGUCGGAAGCUGCCAAACAUAUCCUGGAUAAAUUUGGUACGUUUCGACUGGAAUUGAGAGGCGAAGUAGAACUGAAAGGAAAGGGAAUUGUUACGACAUAUUGGUUGCUGGAGUGUUCGGAACCUGAUCCCAGGCCACCGACUCCAAUGAAGAACUACAACGAGAGCGAGGUGCCAUUUCCAAUAUUAUUUCCGGGAAUUGGAAAGUAAUUGUGUCUUACCAUUUAAAUACGCACACAUGUUCAGUUAAACCUGACAUGGCGUACCAGUAGAUCAUCGAGUAGAAGGAUAAAAAUUAUAUCGUAUUUAAAGCUUUAUGUCAAUUCACUGUAAAGGUCAGGUGUUAUGAAUUUAGAAAAAUAUAUAAAGAAAAGAAUAUUUUUAAUCGUCUAUGCAGAGGUGUUCAACCUAUUACACGGACCAAUAGGUCUGAGCCAUAAAAAAAGAAAGGUGUUCAACAUUAUAUGGACUGAAUGUGAUAUAUAACAAUGAAACGUUUGUUAAAUGUUCUGUAUAAUAAAUUAUGUACGAAGAAAA